UCAGACAUCCAGCCCAGACAUUUUGCCACACCCGUCCGGACCCCAGACUCGCCGACUCGCCCAUCACCGGACACUGGACCUUGUCCCUUCAAAACCAAUUGGACCAGGCGCCCUUGAUUAAUUAAUUUGGACCGACCUACGAUAAUCUCAGAUUUGAGUGCUUGAUCACUUGGAAAUACAUUGUCUCAUCGCCCUUUCCGCCGCGGCUCUACGCAGCAAGGAGAUCCAACAAAACUCCCGUGCUCUGCAAUAGUCUUCUUGCUGGAUUUGCUUGCUUCCAUAAGUGCUACUAUAAUGCCAGCAGCGCCAAAACAGCGAAAGAUAGCUAUUGUUGGCAGUCGAUCUGUUGGGAAAUCAUCCCUUACAGUGCGAUUUGUUGAACACCAUUUUGUAGAGAGCUAUUACCCGACCAUCGAGAACACGUUCAGCCGCAUCAUCAAAUUCAACGGCCAGGAUUUUGCAACGGAGAUUGUUGACACAGCUGGUCAAGAUGAGUAUAGCAUUCUGAAUUCAAAACAUUUUAUUGGAAUCCAUGGAUACAUCAUCGUUUACUCGGUGGCUUCCCGACAGUCUUUUGACAUGGUCAGAGUUAUUCGAGAUAAGAUACUAAAUCAUCUUGGAGCGGACUAUGUGCCUCUUGUCGUCGUGGGAAAUAAAAGCGAUCUCAAAGAUGAGCAACGCCAGGUAUCUUUAGACGAAGGCCGGCAUCUGGUAGAGGAUCUCCAUUGUGCGUUCACCGAGGCCAGCGCUCGCCUUGGCUACAAUGUCGACAGGGCCUUUGACUUAAUGAUUGGGGAAAUUGAGAAAUCGCAAAACCCGUCCCAGCCAACGGGAGGAAACAAGUGCAAUGUAAUGUGACAUCUGGGGCGUGUUCGAGCCGAAGAAUAAUAAUCAGAACCAAGGCGCUUGUAGACUUUGGUGUGUUGCUAAAUUCAAUAACUAGGUCUUUUCUGUCGAGAUAUUGGCUGUCAUUCCGUUUGUCCUCUUACUGUUCAGCUUGCCUGUUGUUUAAAUGCCGAAUAACGAUGUUAUAUCUUCACCUAGUUCACCGCUAAUCAGCUAAGCUACUCAGAAGAUCCUAGGCUAUCGCUCGUGGCCGGAAUACGAGUGACACUGAAUCCAUCAUCAGCAAUAGGAAGACGCUUGUCUAAUCAGGUCAUUGAUUCAGGCCCGUAAGACAGUGUCACUGUCCAGUUACUUAUGUCUCCGGUCGCGUAUGAGUGGUGAAUCAACCAGCUCGCAUGGAAUCAAAAUGCAACAUGAGUCAUGUACACCGGAUCUCUGCUCCUAGAAACAUAUCUUUCCCUCUCUCAGUCGCGAUACAGUAGAACGUACAUACUCCGGACAAAGGCUGACUAAGUUGAGAGCCCCUCCCUC